AUGCUUCUUCUCGCGCUCUGUCUCCUCUGCUGCUUCACUCUCGGAUACUUCAUCCACAUGAAUGUCAUUCCUCACCUCCCCGACUCUGCCGCUGCCAUGCUCACGGGCGUCUUGUUUGGGCUCCUCGCCAGGCUCUUCGGCCCGUCUCCGUCAGAGAACUCGUUCCUUCACUUCGACCCUCAGUUCUUCUAUUUCGUUCUUCUUCCCCCCAUCGUCCUGGAAGCAGGCUUCUGCCUCAACAAAGCAGCCUUCCUGUACAACCUAGGAGCCAUCCUCCUGCUCUCGAUUCUCGGCACGCUGCUGUCCACUGUUGUCGUCGCGCAAAUCACUUUUUCGACGGCGCACAUUUCCGGCCUGGAAGGCCCAGCACACGAGAUUCGCGGGUUUUCGUGGGCUUUUGCCGCGCUCAUCAGCGCGACUGACACUGUCGCGACACUGAGCAUCAUCGGCAGUCCCAAGUUCCGCCUGGGGAAAAAGGGAGUGGACUUGUACAGCAUCUUAAUGGGGGAAAGUGUGCUGAAUGAUGCCGUCUCGAUCGCCCUCACCAGAAGCGUCUUGAAACUCUUCUUCACUGCCGACGCCGCUGUCGCCCAGAUGGCCUCUGGCAUCGAUGUGAUUGCGGAUUUUGUGUCCGUCGUCGUCGGAAGUCUCGUGGCCGGCCUAGGUCUGGGCGGUCUCUGCUGUUUCUGCUUCCGCCACUCGCAACUCAAAAAGCUUCCGGAAUACGAACUGGCGAUCACACUGCUGACAGCCUACAUGGCGUUCGGCGUGUCAGAAUGGUUAGGCUUCUCCGGCGUCGUCGCUCUCUUUUUCUGCGGAGUCAUGCUCGGACACUUCAACGUCCACAACCUCUCUAAGAAAUCGAGGUAUUCAAUCGACACGGUCUUCAAGACGAUUGCGUUGAUCAGCGAAAAAAUCGUCUUUGCUUAUCUCGGCGUCGUCGCGGCUGUAGGAGUUGGCGAACGAACCUUCAACAUCUUUUUCGUCCUCAUUGCGCUCGGCGCAUGCGCCGUCAGCCGCGUCGCCUGUGUCUUCCCUCUCUGCUUCAUCAGCAACAAGUUCAGGCGCGAGGAGGAGAAGAUCGACUGCGGUCAGCAAGUCCUCAUAUGGCUGGCCGGCCUUCGAGGCGCAGUUGCCUUCGCGCUCGCCAUGACCAUUCCGUGCAGCCACGACAUGUGGCGAGCUGUCUGCAGGCACAACAAGGAUUUGGUGGUCACGACAACGCUGGUCUUGGUGGCGAUUACGACUCUGGGGAUCGGCUCAAUUCUCGAGUACUCCGCAGUGAAGCUUGGCGCUGUGCAGCCGCGCCAAGAGGGAGUCGACGGCAGCGCCGCCCUGCUGAUGCAUGCGCAACCGGGCGGAGAGGGGCGAUUUCGCUCGCUCGCUAGCAACGGCGAGAAGGGCCGACGUAGACAGAGCAGUCCUGGAGAGACACAACCCGCCUCGCUGGCCUGUCUCUCCUCGUCCAGCAUCGCCACUCUCGACUCUGCCUCUGCGCAAGCAGCGUGUCCAACUGCCGGGGACGGAGCAAGAGAAGAGGGAGAACGAGAAAGGAGAGAUGGAGGAAGAGACAGAAGUGGGGAAGGACGAGGCGCAGAGAAUGAGGGAAACGAGUACUUCGCAGUGCAGUGGCACACGCAGCACUGGGAAGGAGAGAGAGGUUUGCCGGGACCAGAGAGAAGGAGCCGCGGGAGCGAAGAGGAUUUUUGCAGAGAGGAUUUUGACGAGCGCGGUCGGCCAGUGAGCGCAUGCGUUCGAUUUCUUUAUCGCCUGGAUCGCGAGUAUCUCCAGCGAUGGCUGGGCAGCGGCGAAGAAGAGAGCAGCCUCUCCGAAGAGGAUUUCUCAGCGCCACCGUUCUCGCGCGCUCCCGCAGGCACGCGUGGCGCCGCUUGCUGUCCGAGCAGAGACGCCGGGCUGGCGGACCCCAACGUCCUCCACGCGAAACGCGCGCCGCCUUCGCGCAGUUCCCAAGCCAGGCACUGA